AUGCUGGCCUUGGGGCCGAUGGAGGGCAGCCCGCAGAGCGCCUUCCUGCUGAGCAGCCCCCCCUUGGCCGCCCUGCACAGCCUGGCCGAGAUGAGACCCCGCUCUACCCUCGGGGGGCUACCUUUGCCCAUCAACCCCGGCAGCUCCUCCUCUUCCUCCUCGGCCUCGGCCUCGCCUUCUCCGCCGCCGUCCGCCCUGAAGCCUCCCCCGCCGCCCCAUCUCCUCCUCCGCCGCCGCCGCCGCCACUCCGCACGGCAUCACGACAUCCUCAGCCGGCCCUCCAUGCCCGCCUUGGCCUCCUCCUCCUCCUCCUGCUCCUCCUCGGCAGCCUCAGCCGCGGCGGUGGCUGUAGUUGCCGCAGCGGCCUCGUCCCCGUCGGGGCUCCUGCUGCCCCGCUUCAGCAGCCUCAGCCCUCCGCGCCCGCCUCCUCCACCUCCGGGCCUCUACUUCAGCCCCCCGCGCAGCCCGCCUGCUGCCGCCGCCGCCGCCGCCGCCGUGGCCGCCGUGGGUCGCUACCCGAAGCCCCUGGCCGAGCUCCCCGGGAGCCCCAUCUUCUGGCGGGGGUCAUGCGAAGCCCCCCUGGGGGACGCCCGCUCCCGGAUGCCCCCGCACCAGGGCUCGAUCCUGCUGGACAAGGACGGCAAGCGGAAGCACGCGGCCCACUUCUCCGGGCAGCAGAUCUUCGCUUGGAGAAGAACUUCGAGCAGCAAGUACCUGGCGGGGCCUGAGAGGGCCAGGCUGGCCUAUUCGUUGGGCAUGACUGGAGCCAGCCUAAAAGUUUGGUUCCAGAACCGUCGGACAAAAUGGCGGAAAAAACAUGCAGCUGAAAUGGCGACGGCAAAGAAGAAGCAGGACUCAGAGACGGAACGUCUGAAGGGGGCCUCUGAAAAUGAGGAGGAGGACGAUGACUACAACAAGCCCUUGGACCCCAAUUCCGAUGAUGAGAAGAUCACACAACUCCUCAAGAAGCACAAGACUGGAGGAGUUGGUGGUCUUCCUCCACAUGUCCUCCACACAUCAGAAAAUGAGGGCUCCUCUUAGACCAUGGAGGGCCAGAGAAGGACCCUUCCCUAAAGACCCCCUUGCCCACCCCUGGCCCCAUCCAUGGAGGACCACGACCUCUGGAGGGUGACCAGAUGGCCCUCACCUCAAAGGAGGAUGAGGCACUAUAAAAUGGAAGCCCU